AUCGCUGGCGCUGCGGGUGUCGUUCAUUUGGAGGCAGCUGGUCCUACAUAGCUGAAGAGGGGAGCGGAAGUGUGGUGGUUGCUUGGGUGUCAUGCGAGCAGCGAAGGAGGUGUUUUUAAUCAACAGUUCCCGCAGACGUGCUUUUGCAUGGACUCAAAUGGAAAACGUGUAUGGUGCCGUACGUCGGAGUGUUCGCGAAGAAGUGCUGUCACCGGUGCUAGCUGUCUGUGUUAUGUGAGACUUGAAAUGGCCACGUAAACAUAUCGGCGGCCGCGCUUCGUUCUCAAGCUUCCGAAAAUAUGCAGAACUUCGUAUUAGCUGCGUGCCUAAUACGAAUAGCGCUUGUUCGAGCAUCGUCGGAUCCUUCCAUAUGUAACAAUCAGACGGACUUCCACUACAAGUUCACCGAGUGCGAUGAGACGGGUGGCCGGUGGCGGGUGUCGGUGCCGGCAGCUCCGGCCUGCGUCAGCGAGCCGCCGCCGCCGCCCACGCGGGUGGACGACUGCACGCCGUCCUGCAAGUCUGGACGCUUCUUCAACCUGGCGACGCUCAGCUGCGACAAGUGUCCGGCUGGCUCGUACUCGCUGGGUGGAGGGCAGGUGUUCGACGAUUGGAGUUCGGUGCCGCCUGGCUUCCAGGUGGUCACCGAGCCCUUCAAGACCUCCUUCCUCAACGUGAAGCGGCUGGGCGCCGAGGUCAACUGCGACGACUUCGGCUGGCAGCCGCGCGGCGAGGUGCUGUCGUCGGCCGGCGGGCCGUGCUCGUCGGCGCUCGUCUACACCGUGCACCUGGUGCGGCCGGGCACGCUCAAGUACGAGUACCAGUACACCAACCCGGACGUGCUCUUCAAGUUCCUGCCGCAGGACGACCAGUGCCAGCUGGUGGGUGCCGACGACAUCACGUGGCCGGCGCUGACGCAGGAGGGCGACUGGAAGACGAUCCACGUGGAUCUCAAGGCCGGCCUCAAUGUGCUGCACUGGAAGACGAUUGGCAUGGAUCUGCACACGGGCAAGGCUGUGCUCCUGAAGAAAGUGGAGAUUAGCGGCGUGGCCUACACCUCGUCAUGUACGCCGUGCAAGAACGGCACGUACAGCCACGGCGCGGCGGACCACUGCCGCCGCUGCCCGGCCAACACGCGCUCGGGACGCGGCGCCCGCCAGUGCGCCGCCUGCGACAAGGACACCGAGUACGCACCCAAAGGCUCGCCGCGCUGCUUCAGGCGCGAGCCGUGCUCGUCGGCCGACUACUAUGAGCUGCACUCGCCGUGUGUGCAGAACAAGACGCGGCUCGAGUACCACUGGGUGGAGCCGAAGAUCUGCCGAGAGGACCUGCCCGGCGCGGUCAGCCUGCCGCCGUCCGGCCGCCAGAAGCCGUGCCCGCCCUGCAGCCCCGGCAUGCAGCACGGCGACAAUCUGAGGUGCGAAUACUGCGGCCGCGGGACGCACGGCGAGGGCACGGCCCGCUGCCAGGCAUGCCCACCGAGUACGGCGCCCGACUACGGAUACCAGCUGACGGCCUGGGCCACGCUGCCGCCCGGCAUGGCCGCCAGCUGCAUGAGCUUCGACGGCCUGGGCUGCAGCACGUCCGAGGGCUGGCAGCCGGCCGGCGAGUACGUGCACUCGGGCCGCGGCCACGCCGACGGCGUCUACCUGGUGCUCUCGCUGGUCGUGGCCGGCUUCCGCUCGUCGGGCGGCCUUCUGAACGGCGCCGCCCGCCAGGUGGGCGCCGUCUCGUUCGCCUUCGAAGUCGACUGCAAGACCGACUGCGAGUUCGCCUUUAUGCAGUCCACCCCGACGACGGAGGUGUCGCUGGUCAAGUCGUGGACCGGGCGUCAGAAGCGACAGCGCUUCUCCUACCCCAUCACGCGCAACACCAGCUACACGUUCAGCUGGGUGUUCCAGAAGAUGAGCUGGGACGAGGCGCUGAGCGCCCUCGCCAGCAGCAGGCUCUACGACAGGGACAUGGUGCGCAUCUACAGCAUCAAUGUCACCAACACGAUGGAUGGCGGCGCCGCCUCCUGCCUGCCCUGUCCCAAGGGCACGCAGGACCAGAGCUGCAUUCCGUGCCCGGCCGGGCACUACGUGGACGUGGCGGCCAGCCGGUGCGAGCCGUGCCCUGCCGACACGGUGGUGGUCGGUCCGCUGAGCUACGGGCGCGCCUCGUGCCAGCCGUGCGGGCCGGGCCUCUCCAGCGCCGACGGCGAGCGCUGCACCACCGCCUGCACCGCCAACGUCAGCGGACGCGCCUUCGACUUCUCGCGGCUCGACCGACCGCUCCCGAUAGAGGGCAGCACGCUCUUCACGGCCUCGGGCACCCAGUAUUUCCACCUGUUCAACAUGAGCCUGUGCGGCGGCGCGCGCGCCACCUGCCGCAACAACGUCUCCUACCACGAGGAGCAGCUGGCUGACGAGAAGCUCGUGCAGUCGUUUCUGUGCCGGAGCACGGUGGUACCAGCCCGCGGCGAAGACGGCUCGCGCCAGUCGUACGCUACCCAGUCGGUGAGCCUGGCCGACCACCUGCUGGGCGUGACGGCCGAGCCGACCCUGGGCGACAUGGCCGUCUACCCCGAGUUCCUGCCGCAGGCCACCGGCGCGCUCGACCUCCAUUUCUUCUUCACCUCGCCGUCGGCGACGAGGGCGUGCCCGAGCGGCCGGACGGCCACGGUCACAGUGCGCUACAACGCUGACCAGCCGGGCAACGGCACCGUCCGCCUGCCGGCCCGCUGUCCGGACGGCACCUGCGACGGCUGCAACUUCCACUUCCUCUGGGAGACAGCGCUGGCCGGCCCCGCCUGCCUCGAGAAGGACUACGUAGUGGUGAAGGGAGAGUGCGAGGGCGGCGAGCAGCGACUGCACUACCUGCCGCCUAAACACUGUGUCGGUCCGGACGACAUCUCGGUGCAGACCAGGAAGGUGGCCUGCUCCACGCACCUGCCGUUCACCAUCCAGGUUACCAUAGUCGGCGCCGUAUCGUUCGCGCUGUGCUUCUUCCUUCUGCUCUGCCACUACUACAAGAAAAAUCAAAAGCUCGAGUACAAGUAUAUGAAGCUUGUGAAGUCGGCCAGUAACAAGGACGGCGAGGGUAACAUGGUGCUGCCGUCUGCCGAGUCGUGCGCACUGGACGAGGGCGAGGAGGAUGACGUGCAGGUCCAACAGGGUGGCACCACCUCUGGCCGCGGACUCUUCAGCCGCAUCAAACAUCUCACCAAUAACGACAAGAACCGGAACCCGCUGGAGGUGAUGCAGUUGACAGAGCACCAGGCGCUGACGUAGACGGCCCGCGGGACGUCGACGAGCCGCUGCUGAGCACGAGACGCGGCCGCAGCCGCAGCCGCAGCCGCAGCCGCACAGACGCGAGUGACCCGGAACAAGACAGGGUGACCCGGAGCUGGGACGAGUGGCCCGGGCAGCCCGGACGGAACUGGGCUGGGUUCGUAAGGCUGAGAGACAAGGUUGAUGCACGGGCGGCGCGAGAGACGCGUCGCGUGCGCUGUGGCGGCGGUGAGCCGUCGCUGUUGAACCCGAGCGUGGCGCGCGCGUGGUUCGCCUCACAACCCGUUCCGCGGGCGUGAGAGGCCUUGUCCCUCUGUCUCGGUCGGCCGCGCCGUGUGGUAGCCGGCGCGGGAGCGUCAGUGAUCUCAUACGAGCACUUCGCCCUCUCCCUCUCAGAGCUUUCGUCUUUCCUGUGCGUGGCCCGGUGAACGAUGCCCGCGACCCGCUCGGCCGAACCGGCAGCCGGCGCCGUCGGCUCGUGCGUGCGCCCACACGCCGGCCGUCGCGCCGCUGUCGAUGACGGCGAGUCUCGUAUCCGGCGGAGACGCCCGGCAGGCGCAGGCCGACUGAUGGCUUGCUGCUUGGAAUGCGCGGGAGCCGGCGCGCUUGCGUAACCUCUCGUCCUUGUCGCUGUGUGAUACGUGUCAUAUCUGGUCAGUGUGGUGAGCAGCCGUCGAUUAGUUGUCCACUGGUGUGGGGCUUACGUUUGGUGGUUGGUGUGCGCUGCAGUGCCAACUGGGGAGGGUUUGUGCGGGCGCGCGCGCAUGCAUUGCCGGUGGCCCCGAGGAACUCUGGUCGGGGCGUAACUGUCCACCGGCUGCUAUCUUUAUGGCAAGAUUCCGACAGCACGUACGUCGUAUGAAAAUUCGUAUGAAAACAGCGUGCCAUGGAAGAACAUAUUUUGCGGUACCAGGCACGUUUGUCGGCGCUGCGUAAGACAAAUUACGUCACUUAAGUGUUGUUUUCUUUACUCUUGUGUGAACGUCUGCCGCUUGAAUUCACCAACCAAUAGAUGGAGACACCGGAUUGGAAACCAAAGUACUGUGAUCGAAAAUAUACAUGGCUUUCAAA